AGUAUGUUAUCUAUUAGAGUUUGACCCGUUGAAAGUUUAAAAAUACACAUGCACUGUUAAAUUUAUAUUUCAUAUACACAUAUAAUGGCAUCAAAUGACCUUGAAAAGUUCCGAACUGAAUGGAAAAAUGAGCUUCAAGGGAGUAAGGUCAUUCCAGAUAAAAGAAGAGGACAAGGUUCAAUAGCUGUUGAUCCUACAUUAGCAAUCGAUAUUGUCCUCCCAGAAAAUAUAUCUAAUAACCAGAAAUCCAAUCCAACAAAUUGUUCUGAGUGCAGAGUCCACCCAGCUUUUAGAGAAAAUAACAAGUGUCAUACGUGUUUAUUUAUCACUAAACAAAAUAAAGAACAUAAAACCAACACUCAGUUCUACCCGUUCCGAAUAGUUGAUGGUCUUCUUAAUUCAAAAGAUCAAAUCAAACAAAGUCAAAAUCUAGAAACAGAGUUUUUAUCAAACACAAAAGUGACAAGCACCUGUGGAAAGAAAAGAAAAUAUGAUGCAUUCGGAAAUGAAGACGUGAAAGACAUCUUUUCGAAUAAGCAAGGUCGAAAGGAGGAUGACAAAGAGAGCUAUUUGGACUUGUUUAUUGCUGAUUUGGAUGAAAUAAAUGAAAUUCCAUUUUUUGAUCUGACAGUCCCAAGGGAGGUUGCAAUAAAAAUAUUUGAACCUCUUGAUCUGAAAGACUUGUGCAGAUGUUCUCAGGUAUCAAAGAGUUGGAAGAGUUUAGCGGAUGAUGAGUUAUUAUGGUGUAGAAUUUGUCAUAAGCUUGGUUAUGAACAAGAUACAGAUGCAGUAGAAAAAAGGAAGUGGAAGACAGUUGUUAGACAUCAUAUUGAAGUGGAAAGAAAACUUGUCUAUAAUUGGAAGAACAGAUUAGGAAGCUUUACACAGUUACAGCAUGUCCAUGGUGGAAUUUUGUGUGCAGUGAAUUCUUCUGGUGAUAAUAUUGUAGCUGGGUAUACCAAUGGUGAUGUCAAGUUAUGGAAUGUUUCAGAACAGUUUGAUUGUUUGUACCAACCAUCUAACACUUCAUUGGUCAUUAAUGAGAACACUGAAGAUGGAACAAUUCCUAAUCAUGUGACUCAUGUGGGAGUGUCACCUACAUUUGUUGUUGCUGCAUACAGACAAGGCAAUGUUGACAUCUGGAAAACAGACGAAGGAGAUUGCACUGUACCUGUUCAUGUGAUAGAAUGUCAUGAUAGACGUGGACUAAGAGCAGUGGGCAUCGCCCAACAUUCUGAUUUAGUGUAUACAAUCAGUGGCCCAUUAGAUAUCAGUUUUGUACAUAUAUGUCAGGAAUGCACAGAACAAGGAUUUAAUAAGACAAGAGCUAUUAAUAUUAUGGAUCAUAUUUCUGCAUCAACAAUUUUGGAGGAACCAGCUGCUUACAGCAAACCACAACUUGUGAUAGCCACAAAAUUUCAUGUGAAUUUAUAUAAAACAGAAGACAGCAAUGCUGAUAUUUUCAGUCAUGUGACUAACAUCCACAAUGUGAUUGGCUCACCUGUGACCUGUAUGGAUGUAAGGUCAUCACCAUCACAACUGGCUGUAGGAUUAGGAUCAUAUGGUGGAGCAUUAGAUCCAUACAGGGUAAAAGUUUAUGAUGCUAACAGUGGUAAACUAGUGUCCACUCUAUACAACCAUACCUGGACAGUUACUUGUGUCAAUAUAGCAGACAGUCCAGACAAUCUUCUGACCACUGGUAGUGGGGAUAGAAGAGUACGGGUAUUUGACUUGAGGUCAGAGAAUAUGACACACUUACUGUCUGGUCACUCUAGCCAGGUUAACACAGUACAGAUGGAUGAUAUUAAGAUUGUAUCGGGUGGAGAUGAUGGAUUUGUUAGAGUGUGGGAUCUAAGGAUGACAAAGAAACUCUGGGAAAUACAUAACAGACAUCCAGUAAAGCAUUGUCAUUUUACAAAAGACAGAUUGAUAUUAGGGAAUGUGCCAACCAGUAAGAUGCCGUUUGUUGAUGAAUUUGAAAGUGUUACACACAGAAGAUACAGGGGUUCUAUUCAAAUUUAUGAUUUCUCUGUGGACCAGACGACACAAGGAGUACCUGACAUCUGUCUGUCAACAUAUGAUGAACCAGAAGCCUCACAUUAUAACAUUAGUUUAGCCAUGCCUUACGAUAAAUUAUAAGAAGAAUUGUAGAUACAAGCUAAGUCUCUGUGUACAUUGAAUGGAUAUGAUAAAGGGGCAUAACUCUAUAGUCAUAAGAUGCAUCACAGUACAAUAUCAUCCUGAUGAAAUAUGACAUCUCUAUUACAGUGAAAAGAUUUACUAAUGUUGGAAACUAUCUGAAGUAUUGACAUCACAAUGUUUGACAAUUAAAGAUAUUUUCUGAAAUAAAAAAUAUUUUUAAAAUCAUCAAAACAUAAAAUUGUAUGGAAAUCAAGAUUUUAAAUGUAGCAGAGCUUUCUAUCAUAGGUAUAUAAAUCAUGUUAAUGAAAUAUUUGUAAUUCAUUGUAUAUAUAGAUACUUUGAAAAAACCUUUAGUAUUUUUAAACAAACAACAAGUAUUCACACACAAGUUUUUAUUGAAUGUAUCUUUAUUAUACUUGUAAUAUACUGCCGAUUCAUUAUUUAAUUAUUCACCAUAAUACAAAUUUCCUAUAUGCUUGAAGAAAACCACAAAAUGAAGUAUUAAAGAAAUUACAAUUUUUCCUCAAAAUUUGCUCCAACUGAAAGUAUUGAAUCUGCAGUAUUUAUUGAUUGUUAUUUAUUUUUAGUUUUAUACAAAAUACAAGUAUAAUGUAAUGAAAAUAAACAUUAUAAUUGUGAAGUUAAAAUUGGUUUAAUUCUAGAUCUGUUUUCUCCUGACAAUCUUUUUACAAUAAAACCUUCUAAACUAGAACACAGUCUAGACUCACAACUUUGUUUGGAUAAGACAAAGUAGGCAGUUUUCUCUGGAAAAAUUACAACUUUGUAAUAAAGUAAUUAUCAGUGUAACUAUAGGUCAGCAUACAGCUUUGAUUGAUGAGCAAAAAUCGACUGCAUAAUAAGCUAUUAAAGACCACGAAAAGGCAAAUAUAAAACAAUUCAAUCGAGAAAACCAAAGAUUUAUGCAUAAAACAAAAAACAAAUAUGACAGUAGCCAAUGACAACCACUAAAAUCAUACAUUUACUUUAGUUUAGAUAGCUUUUCAGUAAUAUUAACCUUAUACGAUUCUCUACCACUUAAUGGUGUGUGCAACUAUGGCAUAUAAUGUUAUCCAUGUCAUCAUGUUCUAGAAUACAGCCCAUACAAACAUGCUUCUAUGUCAUUUGGUCUCUGAUGGAAAGUUGUCUCAUUGGUAAUUAUACAACAUCUUCUUAUUAUACACCUAUUUAUAGGACGUAUUAUGGUAUACCAUUGUCCGUCUGUCCGUCCAUUGUCAACAUGUUGGACAAUAACUCAGAAACGCUUUGAGCAUUUUUCAUGAAACUUUGGUGAAUUGUUUAUAUCUAUUGACGUGAGCUCCCUUUCGAUUUUUAAUAAUUUUAGAUUUUAGGUUUCUGAGUUAUGAGGUUUUAUUCAUUAAAAAAGGGGAAUUUUCCAGU